CAUCGACUCUACUCGUUCCAUCGGUGUAGGGAACGCUUCGCUUAUCGACAGACCGCGGCAAUAAACAGCUGUACGCGGUCAUCGUGCGUAACGUCAAAACAAAUCUCAGCCCGUACGCCGGUCACCCGGUCGCCGUAUGGUUUCCGGGGGUCAAACAGCCGAGCUGAUAGCGCAUACAGCAUCGCAUCCGCCGAACAGAUGCCGCUCCGAUCGUGCAUAGUGCAGCAGUAGUAGUUCGGGAACGCACUUGACCGUGAGUGGCCGCCGCAGCAGAACCGCGCAGAAACGCGAAAAGUGCACCGUUAGUCGCCAUCGAUACGACACACAGGACCUACGGGGACCAUCUGCCGCCAGCAUGACGAUCAAGAUCGCACUUGUACAGCUGCGUGUGGUAGAUUCGAAGGAAAAGAACCUCAAGAACGCGAUCGAUCUGAUCCGCAUCGCCAAGAAGGAAAAGGACGCGAACGUUGUCGUGCUGCCGGAGUGUUUCAACGCACCGUACACGGCCGACUCGCUGCGGGACGUUGCAGAGGAGAUUCCGAGUGGGGAAACGUGCCGGGCGCUGUCGAAUGCUGCCCGCGAUUUCGGUGUACACGUCGUCGGUGGCUCCAUCGUUGAGUCUUUCAGUGGCCGGCUCUACAACACCUGCACAGUUUGGGGCCCGGAAGGUGAUCUAGUGGCAACGUAUCGGAAGGUGCAUCUGUGCGAUUCUAGCCUUAGCGGAAAGAUGACCGUAGCCGAAACGAAGCUCUUCACGGCCGGCAGCAAGUACGCCACGUUUACCGUUGGGGAAACGCGCAUCGGGCUCGGCAUUUGCUGGGACAUGCGGUUCGCCGAGUUUGCCACCGCCUACCGGACGAUGGGCUGCGAUCUGCUGAUCUAUCCGGCCGUUUGCGAUGUACCGACCGGCGAGCAGCACUGGGAGCUGCUGGCCAAGGCACGUGCGCUGGACAAUCAAACGUUCGUCGCGUUCUGUUCGCCGGCGCGCGACACACACGCAAAGCUUAUCCCGUACGGUCAUUCGCUGGUGGUUGAUCCGUGGGGCCGCGUCAUCCAGCGGGCCACCGAGUUCCAGGAGAUUGUGGUGGCGGAUCUGGUGCUGAAGGAGCUGUCCGACGUUCGGCGGCGGAUACCGGUGUUCGAGCAGAAACGGACCGAUCUGUACGAGCUGAAGGUGGACUGUACGGCCUGAUGAAGCACCGGUUUGUCCGCCGAUCAUCCUUUUUGUGAUUGCGCAUCACGCCAUACCAUCGACAGCACGAUGAUGAUAAUGUGUGUGGCUAUGUGUUCCUUUAUGUUUUUUUUUUUGCCCUAAUGUUAGAAUCAAUGCUGUCUGGUCGGUUUUAGAAUUCGGAUGCCUAGUGUUGCCAUUAUAUUUUUUGGGUUUACUGAUAAUGAAUAAAAGCAUGUUUCUUUCUACGCUAAACGAUUCGACUGCAACAAA